AUGGACUAUAACGUAAAUUUUGUGCACAUUCUCAAUACAUAUGUUGACAGCGUGUUUACUGUCUCAGAAUCUCGGGAAGAUUCUAAUGAUAUUUCUGGAGGACAAAAUUUACAAGAAGAACACCUUGACAUACCAUUUUUUCACAAAUCUGCAUAUUUUUUCUUCACGGCGCUUAUUGUCUGUCUUUUGAUUGUACUGUGUGCACUGAGCAUUAAUUUUAAAUCACUGUUUAUGUCCAACAAGUCUAUAAAAACUGCUAUAGAGGAUCUAAUAGCCCCAAAUGAAGUAGGCUAUAAAAAGAUUCUUCACUCUUUGGAACAUGGAUAUCUGCAGGAACUUAACAUGAGCACCUCAAAAUCCAAGGGUAGUAUGCAUAACAAAACGGCAGAUAUAGAUAUUGAGUUAGAUAGAUUGACGGAGACUAUAAAAUAUCGUGAUAUUAGGACAGAGUUUGAUGUUGGAUCUUGGUUACAGUUUGCCCUUAUUCCCUCAGUCGUUGACGGAUUAAACUUAUACAACAGACUGUUAGGAGAAACGAUACUUUUAACAUUUGUGCGAUCCGAUAACGAAAUAUUUAAAUAUAAUAUAGACAAAGAUAUGUUCAAAAAACAUGGAACAAUAUUUAAUUCACAGUUUGAAGUCAUGGACGACAAUGAUUCGUUUGACUUUACAUAUAAAUAUCAAAAUGACCUCGAAAACAAGCACACGCAAAAUGCCAGUAACUAUCAGUAUGUUCAGGGUAAUAGUGUAGAUGAAAUGCUUAACUCAUUAAUGCAGGGAGCUGGUUAUUUGGAUAUAUUUCCAUAUUUUCCUUUAAAUUCUAUAUUGUCUCAUGACUCUACCCAAUUGGUUUCAGUUGAUAUGCUCACACAUAAUGUUAUCUCAGGGAUAAUUAGCCACAUUAGUGUUGGUUUCAACUUCACUAAACUCAACAAUAUAGUUCAGGGAAGGAGUAUUUCCGAUUUUAUCAUAAGCAAAAGCAUAAAAAUUUCAUCCUUUAGUAUUUCUGCUAGCACAUCAUGUCUUAUAAUAUAUUUGUUGUUAUUGCUUAUUGUCAUAUUGUACUUUUUUUAUACCUUUUAUAUUUAUAGGAAAUACUCAAAACUCUUCUUUUACUUUGAUUAUGUUUUGGAGUUUACUUCCAAAAUAUCACUUUUAUUAUCUCUUGUACUUUACAAUAUAAUUUACGGAUUUAGAAAGUCCACAAUGCCACGCGUUCAUUCUAUAGAUUGCACCUCCGGAUAUUGUAUACCUUCCGUACGAGUUGGAAAUGACAAUAUUUUCGAUAAGAAUUAUAUUAGUUCAACAAAUUUCAAUGUAAUUAGACCAAAGAUUGAGAAAGCUAUAAAUAUAACUGGAAUUUUUUGUUUUUUUACGCUGAUUGCAAUUAUUUCAUCUUCAGUAUUAAUGUGGGUUUUUCUGAACAAGAAAAGGAAACUAACAUUUCUCUUGAAGAAAUACGUAUUUCAUCUGAAAAUUCCAUUUCUUUCGUUAAUUUGUGGAAUAUCUCUUUCUAUAUCUCUUAUAUCCUCUUACAGUGCAUCUGAAACGCACAUUCUUGAGACAUCCAUUAUAUCUUUUUGGCAACACAUUAUCAAUACUUUUAGCCUCCUAUCUGGAGUUUCUGAUGAUUUAACUUCCAAUUUUAUCGCAGCAAAUAACCUUAAUUCAUCGACACUUGUAAUUGUAGCACUUUUCAUAUCCUUCUAUUUUGGAUUUCUAUUUUUCUCAUCACUACUACUUGCUAUAAACCCCCAAAAAAACGCUGUAAUUCUAGACACCAGGAAGUUGGAUGGACCUUUCGAUAAUUUUAGGUUAUUACAAUUACAAAAAGGAUUUGCACAUGUGGCUCACCGUAUAGUUACAAAGUACAAUGUUAGAAUUAUAAGGGCAUUGAUAAACAAUCAAUCGACGGACACUAUUAGCCUAGAAGAAAUUAGUUCUAACUACCCUAGUGGAGAGGGGUCCUUUAAACAAUCUUACACAAGAAAAGUUUGUAAAUGUCUUUGUCACGCUUUAAUAAUUGUUGGAAUUAUAUUUUAUUCACUUAAAGAAUAUAAAAAUAAUAACAUGGAGCAAAUAAUUAGCAAUUCAAUGAGUAAUACAAUAAAUGAACGUCUAUUUGAGUGGAACUACAGAUUCGUAUUUUAUUCUUCUGUGAGAUAUGACUUAGGAGUUAAGAAAAAAUAUGAUGAUUCUUCAGCAAUAAUCCUAAUAGGGAACGUUAGAACGAUCUUGAAGAACGAUAGAAUCAUACAUAGGAAUGAUUUGUUAAGUAUUUUAGAUGAAAACCACAUUGGUAAAUUAUUCAAACAAGGCCAAAAUGGAAAACUAUCAUUUAUUAGUUCAAGAUAUUAUAUUGCACCAGAUAAUUCGCCAUUGUUAAUUUCAUUUGGUUUGCGUUCUAAUCCGUCAGCACCGUUAUUUUCGAACUUUGAAAUAUUAAAGAAUCUUACUGCGCACUUGAUAUCAUCAAACGAAAAUUAUUUUGGGUUGAAACGUUUAUUUUCAGACGGCGUUAAUAAUUUUCCAGAUAUCGUCAAACACAUGGAUGUUGAAUUUAACGUAGUGGAUUCAAUGUGUGAGAACAAACUCUACACCGCCAAGCUUUCUAUGGAAUUUGACGAUUCUGGGUUGUUAACAUAUAAAGUAUCCGUUAAUGAUGUUUUAGGUCUCUCUAUUCCGCAUAAACCCUCCAAAAUAUUUAUACUUGGAUUCUUUAUUAUUACUCUUCUGACACUUUCACUUGUUGUAUUAUUAAUCAUAGAUAUUAUAAAGUUCGGAAAGGCAUUCACCAAAUAUUACCCAAAAUACAAAAUAAAAGAUAAAAUUGGAGUUUAUUUUCUGAAUGAUGUUUGUAGAAUUUCGGAUUUAGUGAUUAUCAUAUUUUUUGCUUGUAUAAUCGGAUGCUAUAUUAGACUCUUUGGGUUUUUGAGUUUCAUACACAACAAUUCCGAGAGUCUAAAUGUUAUACAAACAAGACUUCGUUAUGCAAGCGUAGUACAAUCAAUAAAACUAAUACAGGAUGUCAUAAUCUAUUUUUUAACAGUGAGAAAGUAUAUUCUCAUUAUUGGAACAAUUCUCUUUGAAUUGAAAUUCCUCUAUAUGAGUGUUUUAUUUUACUUGAUUGUGACAACCUUUUCGUUAAUUUUCUUUUUCUAUUUUUUACCAAACGAUUAUGCUUCAGGAUUUUCUGACGAAAGUUUUAUUUUGGAGAAAUCCAUGAAAUUGGUACUGAGUAAUUAUCAUUUCCCAAAAAGCUUUUCCGAAAAGUCGAUACUUGAAUCAUUACUCUAUCCAAUACUUUGGGUUUCAAAAAUUCUCUUGUUCAACAUAGUUUCAUAUUUUGUAUGGUCAAUUUGGCCAAAAGAUAAUGAGAAAAACAAAAAUGGCACUGAAUUUGAAACUUUUGAUGAUUACAAACAUUUUUUAAACACAGAUUCUGGACUUCAGAUUACUAGCAUUUCAGAGGAACAGCUGGAAAUCCUGCAUAAAGACAUAAAGAAAAACGCAGCUAUAGAAACACAUAAUAUAUUUUCAAAGUUUGAGGGAUAUAAUGCUGAAUAUCUUCAAUUUGGGGAAACCAAGGGGAAAUUUAUAGAAUUUUUACAUGAUAAUGUAGCCAAUGAAUUGGCUGACCUUCUAAAAACUAGCAAUAAUCUGGAGUUUCAAAUAGGUAUACUAUCUAAACAAAAUACAAUACUCGAGGAUAUGUCAUACAAACAGCUAGAAGACCAGAUUUUGAUGCUAGAAGAGGCACUUGCGGACAAAUCAGAGGAACUAACAUGUCUACUUGAGACAUACAAAAGAUAA